AUGCUUGACCAAAAUAUGUUAUUGAAGUAAAAAAAAGCCGGAAAACUAAAUCCUUUAUAAGAAUAAUUUAUAGAAAUAGAUGAAGAAAUAGACUUAUCUGAUAUAAAAAAAAUCCUUGAAAAUAAUAAGCUCCCUGACGAAUAAUACACUAAAUAAAAAUAAGGAUAAAUAACUAUUGAUGAAGAGUGGGCAAUAGAAAAGAUUUAUAAAAAAUAUAAAACUAAUUUUCAAAAAGCCUAUAUAGAUCAUAAAGUUAACACUUUUAUGUGGACUGAAAGUUAAAUGAAGAAAAAAUAUAAUGCUUAUAUUGAAAAAUAUGGAUAAUGUCCUAAAAAUUGA